UGUAAACCAUUUAGGAUGAAAAAUUACGUUCAGAGAUGGAGGUUUCAUGCACUGUUUUCUGGUAACUCGAAUAGUGCGAAAACAAAAACAAAGAACAAUGUUCCGACUGAUUUUUCGACAAAAUUGCAAACGAUUCCCCCACCUCAGCCGUUCAUGACAGAAGGUGAAUUUUUCGCAACGUGGUCCUCGUGGAAACUCAAAUUCCUGGAGUUUAAAAAGUCAAUUAACGACGACGGUUCUGAUAAAAAUAGAUGGGGAAAUAGGUUGUUGAACUUGAUGGGCCCGAUUGGCCAAGAUAUUUAUAAAACAUUUGUGUUCAAUCGUGCAGACGAAAAAGAGAACAUAGAUGUAUUAAUUGAAAAAUUCGAUGACUACCGGGUGUUUUCGGGAAGAAAAAAACAGCCACACGAAAGUAGUUAUGAAUACAUUGAUGACUUGCAGUUCAUGGUCAGGCUAAAAAAUAUUAAAAAUGGAGAAGAGUUGAUAAAAUUAAAAAUUUUGACGGAAAUUAAUAAACAACAAUUCGAAACCAAUGCUAAAACUGUACUGCCAACAUUCACAUUUUCAUCUAAUUUCAAAAAUUUAACAUUUAAAGAAAUUGCAUUUAUCUGGAACUUGUACGAUGACAAUGGUAUGGCGAUAAAAUGUUAUAGAUGUGGGAACAAACAUGGUUCGAAUAGAUGUCCAGCAUCAGGAAAACAAUGUCCAAAAUGUAAAGAAUGGAAUCAUUUUAGUAAUAGGUGUCCAAUGGUUUUUAAUCUGAAGUGUAGAUAUUGCAAAGGUAGUCAUUUCAAUGGACAAUGUCCUGCUUAUGGUGAAACUUGCACAAAAUGUCAUAAAAUAAGUCAUUUCUCUUGGGCAUGUGAAAGCUCUCAAGUUUUAAUGUGUCGCUUUUGUGGUUUAAGUCAUUCUAAAAAUAGAUCGGUUUGUCCAGCAAACCAUAGUAUUUGCACCAGUUGUGACGCACGGGGACAUUUUGCUUCGCAAUGCAGGAACAAAUUACGGUACCGUAGAAAGUGAUACAUUAAAAAAUGUUACUUGAAAUUGAAUAUUAUAACAUUCUCAUACAUAUAUACACGUUAGAGUUGGAUUAUAAAUCAUAUAUUUUAUUAUACAUUCUAUAUUUAUGCUACAUACAAAAAUAUAAUUGUUAAAUUGCUAGUUGUAACUCUAGUAUUUUUAGAAGAAUAUACUAUUUUAUGAAGUUUUUACAUUCACUAAA